AUGUCUCAGCCGACCCCGCCAUCUAUAGCAAAGUCUGUUCCCGAUGAAGCUCACGGGCCACGUACCGUGGGGGGCGAGGCGGCGAUCUCACCCGGCGACCCAACAAUCGGAUACAAGUUCAACCACAUGAUGCUUCGCAUCAGAGAUCCCGCGCGUUCGUUGCACUUCUACAUCGACUUGAUGGGUAUGCGAACCGUGUUCACCAUGAACACCGGCCCAUUCACUAUUUACUACCUCGGGUACCCGCAAACAACCGAGCACCGCGCCGACCUUGCAAAGUUCCGCGAGGACACGGUAUCCAAGCUCCCACACACACUGGGGCUCUUCGAGUUGUACCAUGUCCAUGGCUCGGAGAAUGAGCCUGAGGGGUACUACAGCAACGGAAACCAGCCACCGAAUCUGGGCCUUGGGCAUCUGGGGUUUUCCGUCCCGGAUGUGCCACUCGCACUUGAGCGCCUGAAGGCUCAUGGCGUGGAAGUCAUCAAGGACUUGGGAAGCGCAACUCGAGAAGAUGUCCCGUUGAGUUCAUGGGAAGCUGGACGUGGCAUCGGGCUGGGAGAUCUCACCUCAGCCUAUAAGAACGUCUUCGAGCAGAUUGCAUUUGUCAAGGACCCGGAUGGGUAUAUCGUGGAGCUUGUCCCUCAAAAUCUUCAAGGGCUAUGA